GGUUCCACAUUUGUUUGUGCUCAAUCCUCUGAGAGAGAUGCGGUUGCCUAUUUUUCCAUUUCUAGUGCCAGCCUUGCUCUUCAGCAUCCAAGGAGGUUGCAUGGCGACCCCCCGGAGCCCGAGACCCCUCUACCCAACAACAGGAAUUACGAACCAUAUAUCAGAUGAUGACAGUCCUCCUCCAGUAACCUUACAACGACCUUUUGUCUAUUUUGGGAAGACCUACAAGCAGAUUUAUGUCAACCAGAAUGGAUACUUGACAUUUGAUGAUCCAUGGAGGGUUUACACAGCCCAGAGGUUUCCUAUGUAUGGACCAAGAGACAUUAUCUCUCCAUUCUGGGCAGAUCUCGACAACAGAAAGAUGGGUCAGAUCUACUACAACCAAUACACCAGCGGCAGUGUCCUUCAACAAGCUACACAGGACAUUAACAAGUAUUUCCCAAGACUGAAAUUUAAAGCCAACUGGGUCUUUAUUGCAACAUGGUAUGAGGUGGCCUACUAUCCAAAUACAGGAACACAAACAACAGUCCAAGCAGUCUUGAUCUCUGGUGGCCAGUACUCAUUUGUGCUGAUGAACUAUGGGAUAAUAGCUGCGACAAAUUACAGUGUACAGGCUGGCUAUGACACAGUCGACUCGAUUCAUCAUUUCUCCAUCCCUGGAUCAUUCUCUGACAGUGCAACAGGUAGUAACUCAAAUUUCCGCCUGAGCAGCAACGUCAAUGUCCCCGGUCGAUGGGCUUUCCGGAUAGACCAUGGAUCAGCAGGCUGCACUUUUAUCGGUGAACCUGUGCUGCUGGGUGACUCAUUCUGGACUGACAGUACCUGUGCACAGAGGUGCAUCUGCACCUCAACAGGCCUGCAAUGUCAAAGCCAACCCUGCACAUUUUCCCAUAUCUGCCAACCUGAUGCCUUUCUGUUCUCCUGCCAGACGGUGCAGAGAGGCACCUGCACCCUAAGUGGUGAUCAGCAUUACCACACCUUUGAUAGCACAGUGUUUCACUUCCAGGGCACCUGCACCUAUGUUCUUUCAGAACAAUGUGGUCAUGGGCUGCCUUACUAUAGAGUAGAGGGCAAAAACCAGCACCAGGACAGCACUCGUGUUUCCUGGACACAACUGCUAAAAGUGUUUGUCUAUGAUGAAACAAUUGAGAUAGUCAAGGGACGUCGUGGUCAGGCCAAGGUUAAUGGAAAUGUUGCAGCCACUCCAGUCUCCCUUAGCAAUGGCAAGAUCCAGGUUUAUGAGUCAGGUUUUUCUGUGAUCGUCAGUACUGACUUUGGCUUAGAGGUGUCUUAUGACGUCGGCCAUUAUGUCUCUAUCAAUGUGCCCUACACUUACCAGAAUGCAACAUGUGGCCUGUGUGGAAACUUCAACAAUCAUCCUGAGGAUGACUUUAGCACCCGUGAAGGCGAGCUUGUGAGUUCUGAUGUGGAUUUUGCCAACAGUUGGAAAGCAUCAGGAGAUGAUGAGCCCGGUUGUGAUCCGCAUUGUGAAGGUCUGGACUGUGUUGCCUGCACUGAGGCUCAGAAAGCGUUAUACAAUGACAGUGCCCACUGCAGUAUCCUCCAGAGCACUUCUGGACCAUUUGCUGCGUGCCAUGAACGACUUCCCCCUCUGGCCUUUGUGGAGAGUUGUGUGUUUGAUCUGUGUGUGGGAGGAUGGUACCAAUCCAUUCUGUGCCAAGCACUAAGUGCUUAUGCAAGUCAGUGUCAACAGAACGGUAUACAGCUGCCAAGCUGGAGGAGAGAAGGCUUCUGUGAAAUCCCCUGCCCUGCGAACAGCCACUUUGAGUCCCAAGGCACAGGAUGUCCAGCUACCUGCAUCAACCCCAAUUCUACCCACAACUGUCCUCUCCCUGCCCAGGAGAGCUGCAUCUGCAAUUCAGGCUACAUUCUCAGUGGUGGGGUCUGUGUCCCUCAUUCUGAGUGUGGCUGCAACUUUGAGGGUCGCUACUACCGGUCCGGUGAGACUGUAAUACUAGACGAGGACUGUGAGAGGCAUUGUAGCUGCAGAUCUGGCUCCAUGACCUGCCGUUCCCAUGCUUGUGGCCCACUUGAGUCUUGCACGGUGGAGGAAGGUGAAAGAGGAUGCAGAACUAACAACUAUGGAACAUGCUGGAUAAGAGGCCCAGGGUCAUAUCAAACAUUUGAUGGACUGACAUACCAGUAUCCUGGAGCGUGUCGAUUGACCCUGGCCAAAGUAAUGGGACUGUCUAGUCACCCACAUUUUGUGGUGACAGCAGAAAAAGUGCCCAGAGACCAGCAGGGUUUUGCCCGGGUACUAAAGUUUGAGGCAGAGGGAACACAAAUCUCCAUUGAAAUGACAGAUAGCAGCAAAGUUCGGGUUGACGGUCAGCAGAUCAGACUUCCAUUCAGCUCAGCAUCCAACCGAGUCCAAAUCUUCCACAGCAGUGUUCACAGUAUCAUCCUUCGCACCUCCUUUGGUGUAACGGUGCAGACAGUCUGGCCUCACUUUGUGCGUAUCACUGCACCUGUUAUCUACAGUGGUUCACUGGGUGGACUCUGUGGUAAUUACAAUGGUCAUCCACAUGAUGACUUCCUCACACCCAAUGGCAUUCCGGUCAACGACUCUCAGGACUUUGGGGACAGUUGGCGAGAUGGCUCCCUCGCUGCACACUGUGUGGAAAAUGUAAAUCAGAAUUCUACAACACAUUACAAUUCCACUGAGUACUGUGGCAUUAUUGGCUCACCUCAUGGGCUAUUUGCCCAGUGUUGGGCCAAGGUGGACCCACAUCAGCAUGUGGAUGCAUGUGUGGAGAUCAUGAGGGCCUCUAAAGAUCCAGAUUCAACACUAUGUGAGGUCCUACGAGAUUAUGCACUAAUGUGUCAACAGCAAGGCGUAGCCCUUGGACACUGGAGGAAUGCAACUGGUUGUGAGCAAAACUGCCCUCCAAACAGCCAUUAUGAAGUCUGUGGGACAUCUUGUCCCUCCACCUGCCCCAGUCGCUCUUUCCCUUUUGCCUGUGACACUGUGUGCCAGGAGGGUUGCCAGUGUGAUGAUGGUUUUGUCCUCAAUGACAACCAGUGUAUACCACCAACACAUUGUGGUUGCUUUCACCAGGGACGCUAUUGGCAAGGUGGUGAACAGUUCUCGGAUGGUGAGAAAUGUCAAAGCUUGUGUACUUGUGAUGGCACUUCUGGGGCAGUCCACUGUAUCCCCAGCUCCUGUGGUCCCCAGGAGUCCUGCCGUGUGGUGGAGGGUGAGUUUGGCUGCCAUCCCAACCCUCAUGGCACCUGCACUGCCUCUGAUGAUCCUCACUACCUCACCUUUGAUGGAAAGGUCUUCGACUUCCAAGGAACCUGCCGCUAUAUUCUAGUGACCCUUUGUGAUGCGACUGAUGAACUCCAUCAAUUUUCAGUGGAGGCUAAGAAUGAGCUGUGGAGAGGGCUGCCAGUGUCGGUCACAGCUGACGUUUUUGUGAAUGUGUGGGGCUAUCAAGUGCAUAUGUCGAGGGAAGCCAACAGUACGAUACAGGUGAAUGGAGUGACUAAAAACUUACCUCUCAUUCUCUCGAAUGGAGGUGAAGUCUUUAUAUAUGCAAGUGGAUCUCGCACGUUUGUCAGUACUGAUUUUGGCCUGACUGUCACAUACGAUGGAUGGAGUACAGUAUCUAUCACUGUACCACCGAGUUACAGUGGAAAAACAUGUGGCCUUUGUGGAAACUUCAACGAAAAUCCAAAUGAUGAGUUCCACACCCCAUCUGGAACGAUAGUCACCACUACAGAUGAGUUUGGGAAAGCUUGGAAAGUGGAAGGCAACUACACCUGCAGUGAUGGGUGUGGCUCCUCCUGUCCACAAUGCACCAAUGACCUCCCUGCCAGAGCCCAGUGUGAGGUGAUUCAGGCAGCUGAUGGCCCCCUCAGCUUCUGCCAUGAGCACGUGGACCCAGCGCCAUAUUUCAGUGACUGUGUGUUUGAUGUGUGUGUGUCGGGAAACCAGGACCAAGAUCUCCUGUGUAGGGCCAUUGAGGCAUAUGUCAGUGCCUGUCAGUCUGCUAAUGUUCGAAUCUACCCUUGGAGACAGAACACCACCUGCAGACUUGACUGUUCUGCCAACAGCCAUUAUGAGCUGUGUGGUACCGACUGUGGUCACACCUGUGCCAGCAGCAUUGAUGCCAGUUGUGAGCAGGGUUGCUCUGAGGGAUGUUUCUGUGACGAAGGUUUCCUCAGAAGUGGAACAAGUUGCGUCCCUGCGGAAAGCUGCGGAUGUCAAUAUGAGGGCUUCUACUACAAUGUUGGUGAGUCCUUCUGGACAGAGGGUUGCUCCCAGCAAUGUAAAUGCCAUGCUGCCAAUGACCUGCGCUGUUCUGCUGCAUCUUGCACUUCUUCACAAGAGUGCACCAUCAGAAACGACCAGCUGGGCUGUUUUGAUGAAACAGAUUAAACUUAAACAGAUUAGAUUUCACAGUGUGGGGUUGGUAUUGUAAGGCUUUACAAAUAUACACCACUGCGGUUAAUUUUUUUUUGUAAAAUAACUGGGGAAGAGACACCACUUCAAAAACUGAACCUCUAUUAAACUUGCUAUAAAUUGUCACAAAUUAUUAUUAUUACAAUUUGUUUUGUAAUAUCUAAAUAUUAAAAUGACAUUUGUGCUUAUCAAAAGCUAUAAAAAUAGGGGUGUAACAGUUCACAAAAUAAACAGUUUGGUUUUAUACGACAUGAUGGCGUCAUGGUUCGGUAUGUUUUCGAUAAAGCAAAACUAACAUCUUAAAGAAUUAUCUAUUUUUGACUUUGAACAAUGAUGGAGCUAUACCUGAGUGACCCAUGUUCUGUGGUGUCUUAGCAACACAUAAAACAAAAACAGCUCCUUAUAAAAUACAAAAUUGGGUACUGUAGUUAUACAAAUACAAACAAAAUAAGUAAUUCUAUUUCUGAAAUAGCAGAGAAAUGUCCUUGUUUUUUGACAAAUCAUAAUUUGGGCUUUUAAGGGUUUUUUUGUACAAAGCAGGAAUUACAGUCUGUCUGAAAUAGGCUCAUAUGGGUCUCAAUUACGUUAAGCAUGUUCAUAAAGCCUGCGUCUUUCAUGAGUUGGGUCUCAUAUCAGCAGCUAAUAAUGUACCAAUUGUCGCAGAUAUUUCUUUUACCCUGUCUGAAUCAGUUAGAAAGGGUUGCUUAAAUGCUUCGGGGACAACGUUAGCUUGUAGCUUGUGUUGCUUCUUGUUUUCAUCUAGUUCCACCGAUUGACACACUCGGCCGAUAUUGGCGUAGAUGAGUUGACAUGUUUGAGGUAUUCCCACCAUCAUUCUUACAAUUCACAGCAAAAGUGAAGUGGGACCAGACCUGUAAGUUAUUGGAGGAUCUUCAAUUUCUGGACUGGUAAUGGCU